AUGACGCUUUAUCGGAAGACUGAACCCGUUGGUGAUAUUGCGCAAACAAGCACAGACCAUCGGCCGGCGUAUAUUUUUACGACUGAAGCCUUCUCGCCGGGUGCUCCACGCGAGGAUCAAGAUCGAGACGGCCAAAAGAAUAAAAAUAAAAAUAAAACUAAAAAGGUGCAAUAUCAGUAUGCUAGCUGCAGUGACUGCGCCAGCAAAGACAACAAAAUCAGGGACGGUAUCAAGGAUUAG